AUCAUCAUGUUUCUUAAGAAGUCUACAAGCAGUGCUGGUUUGCAAGACACUAUGGGAAGGACAUUCCUUCAUAUAGCUGCUGAGAAUAAUAAAGUUCGGAUUGUCAGUUUUGUUUGCAGAAAUCAGUCACUCUCAUGGAUUCUGAACAUUCAGGACUAUGAUGGAAACACUGCACUACACCUAGCUAUCCAGGCAGGGAGUCUUCUCAUGUUUUGUGCUUUGUUAGGGAAUCGGCAAAUACAUUUAAAUAUAUCAAAUAAGAAAGGGCAAACUGCUCUAGAUAUAUCGCGAUAUAAGAUUCCCCCAGGAUUGUUUGAUGAUCAGAAUAGUGAAACAAGAAUACAUUAUGCACUCAAAGUCGUUCAUGCUAGGAGUGGUAAUUGUCGUCGCGAUCACUUUGAGGAAAACUACAAUCACCAGUUAAAACAUACUCAAAGAGAAGAAUUGAAGAACAUGAAAGAAUCAACACAGACACUGUGUAUUGGUGCAGUUCUAAUUGCAACCGUGACAUUUGGUGCUACUUUCGCCCUUCCUGGAGGGUACAGAGAUGAUGAACAUACUAAUGGAGGCACGCCAACACUUGCUGGGAGGUAUGCUUUUGAUGCAUUCAUACUAGCCAGCACAUUGUCCUUCAUCCUGUCUGCGAUGUCUAUCGUGGGCCUCAUGUAUUCAGGUUACUCUAUUUUAAACCCACACAGUCGCAGAAUUUACUUACUGGUAGCCUUAUAUUUUGCGUCAAUGUCGAUCACAUGCUUCAUGGUAGCUUUUGCACUAGGUUUGUAUAUGGUGCUAGCGCCAGUUGCUCACAAGUCUGCCAUCACUAUCUGUAAGUCACGAGGGCAUCUCCAAUGCGAGUACCCAUCCCGCGCCUGCGUGUUCGGAUGGGUCAAAACGGACAAAAACGCGGUCCAACGUGGCCACGCAUCACAAAUGCGGAUGACCGCGGCGUCUGAGAUGACCCAAACCCGGCCAAAAUCUGGGUCGCGUUUGCGUGACCGUGAACGCCGAUCGCGUGAGGAUUCCACUCCAGCUUUAUCAGCUAGGUGGCCAAAAUCUGGGCCGCGUUUGCGUGACCGUGGACGCCGAUCGCGUGAGGAUUCCACUCCAGCUUUAUCAGCUAGGUGGCUCGACGGCGGCCGCCCGCCGGCGUUCCUUCGCGUCCGCCCUCGUGUUGGCCCUCCUCGUAGCUUCGGCGCGCUCCGCCUCCUGCGGCAUCACGGCCCGCUUCCCCCACGACCCGACCUCCCAUAG